AUAAUCAUUAAAUAAAUGACGUAUUCAAUAAUAGCACUUUGUCUUUUAUUGACAGCUGUCAAUGGAAAUGUGGAGGAAAGAAUCGAGAAAUUAAUGGGUUUGCAAUAGAAUUAUCAGCAUUCCCAAUCAGAGAGUUUCUUCUACUACACCCAAGUUGCCAAAUGCAGUUUGAAGGUAAGAUUUGUUAGGGAUGACAUUAGACCAUUACAAAUUGGAAUUGCGGUACAUUUUGCCAACAUCAUCCAGACAUGGUUGAAGUGAAGGCAUUCUACAAGGCAGAUCACCAUGCUCAAGCCUACGUGGGAUACAACAAAAAGGAGAACUUGGUUGUGGUUGUGUAUAGAAGUAUGAAUGAAUACAAUAAUUCUUUAGGCACCCAAGACUUCAUCAAUUGGUACAAUAACAUCAAGUUCUUCAAACAUGAUUUCGGAGAUUGCAAGAAUUGUAAAGUCCAUUUGGGAUUCUGGGAAACCUAUGAUGACGUAUCGACAGAAGUGUUGGCUGCUGCAAAAGCUUUGAAAGCCAAGUACACAACUUCAAAAUUAUUGGUUACUGGACAUUCUUUGGGAGGAGCAGUAGCUUAUUUGGCCGCUGUAGAUUUGAAAAAAUUAGGAUACAAAAUUGAUUAUUUCUUUACUUAUGGAGCUCCUCGUAUUGGAACACACGAAUUUGCUGUUUGGUUCACCAGUUACGUUGCUGCAACCGAACACUGGAGAGUGACUCACUAUAGAGACAUGGUAAUUCAUCAACCACCUUCCUCAUUCUCUUACAAACACCCACCUUAAGAAGUUUGGUACACUCACGAUAACAAGUCAUACAAGGUAACAAUUGAGUAUAAUUAUGAAUAGAUUUGUUCAAGUGGAACUGACGAGGAUCCCACCUGUGCAAAUUCAAUCAUAGGAGAUUCUUCAUAAGAUCAUACUAGUUAUUUCGAUGUUAGUGGAUCAUGCACAGAGGCAUUCACAGAGGAUAUUGAAAUGUGAUUUAAAUUUGUAUGGCAUAAUAACAAU